UGGAGUGGGGGAAGGGGUCGAUGAAGUUGACGGAACCGCCAUCUUGAAAAGUGCUCUCCGAAGGUCUACAUUUUCGCGCCUGUUAGAAACAGUUUUAAACGCUUUAUUUUCCUUGCCAAAAUUUCAUCUUAGCUCUGUCUUAGUAUCGCUAAGGUCCGAGGCUAAUGUUAAGAUAAGCUACAUGCUGGAGAGUCGGUGUUUACCCUUGUCUAUUGGUGUGUUCGUGUUGAACUGCUGUAUGUGCGCUUUUUGUGAGUGUGUCCAUUACCACUAUCUGCCUGCUUGCCCAUCCGUCUGGUCAGCCUGGAAUGGGCCACAACUCCCAAAGACUAGAACAAACCUCUUUUUAACCUGAGCUUUGCUGUGAGGACUCCAACAUACUCACAGAACCAACAUGUUUUGGAAAUUUGACCUCCACACCACAUCCCACAUUGACACACUGCUGGAGAAGGAGGAUGUGACGCUUACAGAGGUAAUGGAUGAGGAUGAUGUCCUGCAGGAGUGCAAGGCCCAGAAUCACAAACUUGUGGACUUCCUGCUGAGACCACAGUGUAUGGAGGACCUGGUUACCUUUAUCACACAGGAACCCAGUACUGAUGUUGAGGAAAAGGUUAAAUACAAGUAUCCCAACAUAUCAUGUGAGCUGCUUACAUCAGAUGUGAGCCAGAUCAAUGACAGACUAGGAGAAGAUGAAAAACUGCUGAUGAAAUUGUACAGUUUCCUCCAAAAUGAGCCGCCCCUCAACCCCCUCCUGGCCAGCUUCUUCUCCAAAGUUCUUUCUAUUCUUAUAGGACGCAAGCCUGAACAGAUAGUUGAUUUUUUGAGGAAGCAGGAAGACUUUGUAGACUUGAUGAUAAAACACAUCGGGACCUCUGCGAUCAUGGACUUGCUGCUCAGGAUGCUCACCUGCAUCGAACCACAGCAGCUACGACAAGAUGUUCUCAAUUGGCUGAAUGAGGAGAAAGUGAUUCAGAGACUGGUGGAGAUGAUACAACCUUCUCAAGAUGAAGAUAGACACUCCAAUGCAUCACAGUCACUCUGUGAGAUCAUUAGACUGAGCAGAGACCAGAUGUUCCAGGUGCAGGGCUCUUCAGAACCUGAUCCACUUCUGUCCACACUUGAAAAGCAGGAGACAGUAGAGCAGCUGCUCUCUAAUAUCUUCGACAAGGAAAAGAACGAGUCUGCAAUUGUCAGCGUUAUCCAGAUCCUGCUCACAUUGUUUGAGACGAGGAGACCAGCGUUUGAGGGUCAUAUGGAGUGCCCCCCAGGGAUGUCUCAUCCAUCAUUCUCAGUGAACCACAGCAUCCUCGAGGCUGUGAGACCCAGACUCAAAGAUUUUCACCAGCUGCUACUCGAACCUCCAAAGAAGAAUAUGAUGAAGACAACAUGGGGGGUUCUGGACCCUCCAGUGGGCAACACCAGGCUCAAUGUGGUCAGACUGGUCGCCAGUCUGUUGCAGAGCAACACACACAGCAUCAAUACAGAACUAAUUAACCUCAACACACUUGGAGUUAUACUAGAUAUGUAUUUCAAAUACAUCUGGAACAACUUCCUCCACAUUCAGGUGGAAAUCUGUACAGCCAUGAUACUGGCUAUGCCUCCUGCCCCCAUAGACAUCCAACCAGACACAGAGGCAGAACACGUGAAGGAAAGCAUCCUCAUCAAACAUCUGUUUCAAAAGUGCCAAUUUAUACAGAGAAUCAUUGAUGCCUGGAGCUCCAAUGAGAAAGAACAGGCAGAAGGUGGGCGGCGACGAGGCUACAUGGGUCACCUGACCAGAAUAGCCAACUCUAUAGUUCAUAACUGCGACAAAGGCCCUAAUGGGCCGCAAAUACAACAGCUCAUCUCUGAGCUCCCUGCAGAGGAUCGAGAAAAAUGGGAAUCUUUUAUUUCUGGACAGCUGGCUGACACAAACAAAAGAAACACUGUUGACUUGGUAAAUACACACCACAUCCAUUCUUCCAGUGAUGAUGAGGUGGACUUUAAAGAGAGUGGUUUUCACCAAGACUCGUCUCUUCAACAAGCCUUUUCUGAUUAUCAGAUGCAACAAAUGACGUCCAAUUUUAUUGAGCAGUUUGGCUUCAAUGACGAAGAGUUUGCUGAUCAGGACGAUGUUGUGGAUAUUCCCUUUGAUAGAAUAUCAGACAUCAAUUUUUCACUGAAUACAAAUGAAAGUGCAAAUAUCGCUUUGUUUGAGGCACGCUGUAAGGAGAAAAUCCAGCAGUUUGAAGAUGCUGGUUCAGAUGAAGACGAUAUCUGGGAUGAAAAAGAUGUCACCUUUGCACCAGAGGCACAGAGACGCCCCAGGAGUUCAGGCAGCACAGACAGCGAGGAGAGCACAGACUCGGAGGAGGAGGACGUGAAGAGGGAUCAGUUUGAAGCUUCCAACCCCAGCAACGAUGACAGAAUGGAAGUUGACACAGGCCCAGUGUGGACGGCAAAUUUUGAUGAUAUCCCUAUGGACACGGGUACAUCCACAGCUUCAAACUCCAACCCCAGCAACCCAGCUCCAUCCUCUCCCUCCACCUCCCCUGAUACAGCAUGGAGCUCCUCUCCUGCAGCUAACUCAAACUCAGAAACUGGCUGGGCUGAUUUCUCCAACUUCACUCCUGUCAACCCCAAAGACCCCCUGAGAUGCAACUCUCCUGUUGCUAUGGAAACCAGUAUAGAAACAAUUGACCCUUUAGGGGUUAACGCACCCAUGCAGUCUGAAGACUGUGAUGGCUGGUUGGGCACGAGUGUGGCUUCUCCAGCUGCCUCUGCACCUAGUGAUUGUGGGAGCUCUAAGGCAGAGGAGGAAGCAUCUAGCUCUGAGCACCGCAGCAUCACAGAAACGGUCAUCAAUGGCUCCAUGAAAGAAACAGUCAGUCUCACUGUUGAUGCCAAGACUGAGACCGCCGUUUUCAAGAGAGUGUUGAAAUCUUAUCGUGAGGAAGAGAAGAUUGCUUCUUCAGAGAAGUACUCAGUAGUGGAGUAUGUGGAGUCAGAGAGAGCAGGCAUCAACAGCUCAGCCACAGCCUGCUGUCCUAAAACUGGUAGUGAGAAAUGUCGGCCCAUUGUGGAGCUACCCAAUGGUCCUCUGGAAGAAAUGUCCCCCACAGAGGAGGCCAAGCUCGACAGAAGUUCUGUGUCCUCUGAGCCAGCUGUAAACGGGCCAGCAUGAGAGUCACUUAAUGCCUGCCAAUGGCCAGCCUGUUCUGCCAUGCAGGGCCUUUCUCCUGGUCAGCCAGCAGAGGCUGCUGCUCACAGCUGUUCCAACCACAUGCCCCAUCAGGACCAGCAAUACUCCCAUCGUCUCAUCACUGAAAGACAAAUGGGCAGACAGGUGUACAGACACAAGAUGGACUAAGAAGUAAAAUGAGAGACACUCAAAUGGAUACGGAAUAAUUUUUUUUCUGCAUUUGUUUAUAUACUAUUGUACUUAGGAGGUGAUGUGUGACUGAUAUCCUGACUCCCAAAAUUAAAUAGUAAUGUUGCGAUGGUUAAGGAAAUGAUUGUAUGAAUAAAAUAUUUUAUAAAAGGAAAAUGUAUACAGAAGCAUAAGUUGAAUUACCACAGAGAGGAAUAGCUGAUUCAUGAUCAACCAAUCACCAUGUUGUUGUUAUUGGCUGCAUAACAGGCUGACACUUCAAGUUAGAGCUAUAUUUAAAAUUUCUCCCCCACCGUUGAUCUGUCUCUGAGCAGAGCUGCUCUGACCAAUUGAAACAGUUUUAUUUUUGUUGCAGCUAAUUGCAAAUGAUUUUUCUCUUGUGAUCUUCUGCAUUGAAUAACAUUUGAGCUGUUUUGGUAUGUUUCUUUCUAAUUUAUUAUGGAGUUGAGAUUGUAGUAACAAAAAGGGGAAAAAAAUGACCAUAGAGAUAUACCAACACUGUCUCUUUCUUACUGGCUGCUUUCAUGCUAACUAGGUUCUUACCUCGCAGCUGGAAGGCUAAAGAGGAGAUGUUUGUCACCACAACCUAAACUAGGAGCUAUAAAUGCAUUAAGAAUAUGUUCGUUUUUUGUUUUUAUCGCAAGUGCUCUUCAGAUAACUGGUUUUCAGUUUGCUGGGUCUCCCUUUAGAUUGCAUUAUAUUUUUUAAAAAUGUCGUUCCAAGUUGAAUAUUCAUCUCCAAUGUGCAGAACUGUCAAUUCAGCCUGCUACUAUAGUAAAAUUGAAAGGCAUUUAAUUGCCAAACUAUACACAGAAGUAGAGGAUAAAUUUAUUUAAUAAUAAAUAAAUACAUUUUGCCAAAACACACAGCUGCCACAUGGGGUAGGCCCAAACAGCUACACAAUCUACAGUCUGUAACUCUGUCAGCUGUGGAGGGCGAGCAGAUGGAGCUACUGUGUGUAGUCCCACCAUCUCGGCAUUAGAAAGAUAUUGACUGGCAAGGCUUGGCUCUGGAGGUUUCCUCUAUAGGUAAGAAAGUGUUGGUUUUCAAAAUAUGAUUUUUUUUUUUUUUUUAAGUCAAUAUCUGUACUGUUCAGCUCAAGCGCACAUACUCUAUAAAAAGGUUUGAGUUUGUGAUUUCCCAUUGAAUGCAAUACAUAAUUUCUAAUGUGUGCUAGGGACAGCACUUUUCAUGCCUCAUACAUCAUGUGGAAGCUGUGUGUUUUCUGCGUUACCUUUUGCAAGAUUGCCUUGUGUCCACCCUCAUGGGCUUACAUGUGACAAUCAGGUGAAAUUGUUUCAGCCAAUGACUGUGUGCCAGCAGGUGACACUGUUUAGACCGUACAGUGGGUGAGGUGGAGGUACUGCUGUAGAAAGUUUGGGCAAAAAAGUUUAAUGGUGACUUCAAAUGAUGUACUCUGUCAGCCAGUCUAAUCAAUGAAAGCAAACAUUCCUGCUAGAUUACUUUGUAAUAUGAAUGGUGACAUUUUACUUUUUACCUGCAAGUUUUUAAGAUAAAAUGAUAAGGAUUACUUUUACAGUUAUCACAUCAGACGCUCUGUAGUGUUUUAGCGUCUGGUAUGUGUUCAUGUGUAAGUUAUUCCUGCAGAGCAGGAGGUCCAGCUUGAGUAAAGCACCCAAGUUUGAAACAGU